AUGUCUGAGACGGUUAGCUCUCUGCAAAAGACGGGGUUCUUCUCGGAACAGACGUUCACGGACGUAGGAGAUGUAUAUGAUGACAAUAAGACGGCGGCGACCCUCCCGCGGCACCACGGCCGGCAGUUCACAGUAUCGGUCGGAAAGCACGGGAAGCAGCCGGACGCGCUGUUCGACAAGACGUUCAAGCGCCUGACGGAGGGGGACAAGUUCGAGGACCGCUGGCUCAUCGAGCGCCGCAUCAAGAAGCUCGGCAACGAGGCGCUCGACAGCAAGCCCGCAUGGCGGCCGAGCCACCCCGCGCCGCGCGCCACGGGCGCGGGGUCGACCAUCGGGUGCAUCGGCAAGGUCCCGCUGCUCACGAAGAGCGUCACGGGCGGCACGGUCUCCUCCGCGCACGCCGGCGCGCCCGGGAAGCGCAACUUCUACACCGCCCCCGCGAAGCGUGGCGGCGCGGGGUGGCCCGAGCGCGACCGUACGAUCGGGGGCACGCAGCUGGAGUACAUGCGCGACGACUACAUGCCCGGCGCGGACCUGACGCGCAAGGCCAAGCAGGAGUCCCGCGCGAGGAUCCCGAAGCCGUUCGUGGGGGGGUCUAAAGUCACUACCCCCUUCACACGCAGCACCUUCAUGACGGACCCCGCGCGGCCCGUCCGACACAAGGUCAAGCCGUUCUCCGGGAAGCCGUUCCGGCCGAGCAACCCCGCGCCCAAGGGCCGCGAGUUCUGCUGCAUCAGCAAGGUCGGCAUGGACCACAUCCCGGUUCCGGAGCUCCGGGAGCGAAAGACCAAGGUGCAGGGUGAUGACAAAACGGCGUGGCGCCCAGGGGGCCGGGACCACACCAAGUACACGCGCUCGAUCAACCCGUACGAGUGCCCGCCGAUGCCGCCCCCGGCGCAGACGUGGGUGUGGGAGGGGUGA